AUGGUCCCUGCUCUUCUUCCUUUUCCCCUUUCUCUCUUCAUACAAACACACACCCUGGAGAAGAGAGUUGAGGCGCCCUUCAGAGCUGGCAACCUGGACUUUGACGCUCGAGUCCCCAUCCCAAUCAGUGUCUUCCCGUCUACGUACAGGAGCGUGGACGCUUCUGCCCAAGAAACUACCGUCACAAAGGUAGAAGGGGAAGUCCAACUACCCAGAACCUCCUCGCGCGUCGGACGGGAAGAUACUCGAUUUUCCAAGGAAGAAGUCGACAUCUCCUACAGAGACAGCCGUCCACGCCGCGAUCAAUAUCAACGGGAGGACGUGCGUGUCUACGAGGAGCGUGAUCGAAGAUACCCGGAGGUAGACCUCACACGUGAGAAGUACCGAGGACCCACUGAUUACAGGCAAACCAACGUUGACAUCGAAGUUGACCGUCGAGACACCCGCGGUGACCGCCGAGACACUCGUGCUACCAACGUCGACAUCGAAAUCGAUCGUCGAGACACUCGCGACCACGUUGAAGUUGACUACGACCGUCGUCAGGUCUACGACAAGUCUUUGGAGUCUCAGCUAGACGUCACCGAGCGAGAGUACCGUCGCCGCGUCAAUCCCACCUACGACGUUGAAUACGAACGUCGCCGUCCCGUACAAGCCGACGUCACAGUCCAAAAGGAAGAGAUCAAGGUCGAUCAACCAGUUAGAAGAGACAUGGGUUACUACGACGACGAUGGCAACUACCACAGCUUCCGCCGCGGGGUGGAGCGUGCUGCCGACCGCAUCCUGCAUCCCUUCUCCCACCAUCACCAUCAUGAUGGUGGCCGUGAGGAGGUGAUCGUGUCAGAGACCAGAGAAACCACCGGCCCAGCCCGCGUUCGUGACGGCGCCGUGGAGCAAGUGCGCUAUGUCGAGCCUCGUUUCUCAGGCCGGGGUGUGCCAAUCCAAUGUCACUUCAUCCGCAUCGGCGACAUUCUCCUUCUCCAGGGCCGUCCCUCGCAGGUCAUCCGUAUCAGCAUGUCUUCUCAAACUGGCCAGUACCGCUACCUAGGUGUUGACCUGUUCACCCGCCAAUUGCACGAAGAGAGCUCCUUCAUCAGCAAUCCCGCCCCCUCGGUCGUUGUGCAGACCAUGCUCGGCCCGGUCUUCAAGCAAUACCGUGUCUUGGAUAUCCGUGAGGACGGCUUGAUCGUCUGCAUGACCGAGACUGGUGAUGUCAAGCAGGGAUUGUCUGUCGUCGAUCAGGGCGGUCUGUUCAAACGAAUCGACCGAGCGUUCGCCGAUGGCCGAGGAAGCGUCCGGGUGUUGGUCAUCAAUGAUGGUGGGCGGGAGUUGAUUGUGGAUAUGAAGAUCAUCCACGGUUCGAGAUUGUAG